UUUUAAAAAGCUUGACGUUAACUUGCAUGAUAAAAUAAUGUGAGUGAAUGGUCCAGAGCGACCAGGAAAUACUCUGCACUGCACGCGAUUACACAUUGGCGUGCUGAAAUAUUUUCUUAAAAAAUUAAUGGGCAUCAUAAAGCUACAGUUCGAUAUUUGUAAAGCUUUCAAAUUUUAUGUUAUAUGAUUUGUAUGACUGUCAUAAAUUCUCGAUACAGAAGAAGGAAUGGCCAGAGAAGGAGAGGGAGAUGUUCAGAAACCAAUCUCAGAGCUGCUUUCUAGUCAUACAAGGUGGUGGUCCGAUCAGACUGUUGCUGUUGUGACUGGGGCUAACAAAGGAAUAGGGUUUGAAAUAGUAAGACAGUUAGCAAAGCUGAGAUUGAAUGUGAUCUUGACAUCCAGGGACCCAUCUCGGGGAAAAAGAGCAGUUGAUGAGCUGAGUGCACAGAAGCUGACUGUUGGGUUUUAUCCCUUGGAUAUAGAAGAUAAGGGUUCUGUACAAGAGUUUGUUAGAUGGUUGGAGACAACAUAUGGUGUUCUUGAUAUUCUUAUAAACAACGCUGGUGUUUCAUUUAAUGGCAUCAAUGAGAACUCUGUAGAACAUGCAGAAACAGUAAUAAAAACAAAUUACUAUGGCACAAAAGCAUUGACUGAAGCUCUUUUGCCUCUCUGCAGAUCUUCAUCUUCUGGUGCUAGGAUUUUGAAUGUGAGCUCAAGGCUUGGCCUCUUAAAUAAGUUAAGGAAAGAGCGCCUAAGAAAAAGGCUGAAAGAUGUGGAGAAUCUACAGCAAUCUGAAAUUGAUGAGAUGGUGGACAAUUUUGUAAAAGAAGCACAAGGAGGGACAUGGGAAACUGGGGGAUGGCCUAUUGUAUGGACUGAUUACGCAGUCUCUAAGCUUGCUCUAAACGCCUAUUCUAGACUUCUUGCAAGAAAACUUUCUUCUGAGGGUCGCAGAAUAAGCACUAACUGCUACUGUCCUGGCUUUGUCAAGACAUCAAUGACUAAAGGAGUUGGGAAAUACACUGCAGAGGAGGCUGCUGUUAAUGCUGUGUGGAUUGUGCUACUACCUCCAGAUCUUCUGCCUACUGGAAAAUUUUAUAGGGCUAGGCAACAGAUCUGUUUCUCCAAAUUGUAAAUUGAUCUUAAACAAGAAAUUUCCAACAAUUUUAGUCUGUUUCUCCAAA